AAAUGAGAUAAAUAUUUUUAUUUAUUUUAUUUUUUUUUUGGUUUUUCAUUAUCACUAACACCAAAGCAGAAAUUAAAGAACCGUGAAUAAACAUGAGCUCGAGUACUGUAUCAUUCAGUAAAGUGUUCGAAGUCACCAAGCAGUAUCCUGCAUUGUCAGUAGGAUUAGUUAUUUUUACAUUUAUUUUACAUAUUAUUGAUAUCUUUACAGGAUUUUAUCUUGCAGGGAAGUUUUCCUUAAGUCCAAAAUCUAUCUUUGAAUUUGAUUUGAAUAGAGUAUCAUUUUAUUUAUUAUUUCAUAUUAAUUUAAUUCAUUGGUUAUUUAAUAUUGCUACAUUAUUUACUCCAUUAGCUAUAUUUGAAAGGAAACAUGGUACUAUUCAUACUGGUAUAACAUUAAAUUUAUUAGCAGUUAUUACUGCAAUUCAAUAUACAAUUGUAGGAAUUUGGUUAUAUCCUGAAACAAAAGUUAUUGGACUUUCUGGAGUUGCCUUUUCAUUCUUAGCUUAUUUAGCAUAUAAUGAAUCACAAAUAACUCCAAAUAUUCAUUUAUUUCGUCAAGGUAAUAGAGAUUAUAAUUUCCCAACUAUUUAUGCUCCUAUAGCAACCUUAUUUUUAUGUUAUAUUUUAAUUCCUGGUUCAUCAUUCUUUGGACAUUUAUUUGGAUUAACUUCUGGUUAUUUAUUAAGUUUUGGUUAUAUUAAUGUAUUAUAUCCUCCACCAAAAGUUAUUCUUUUUAUAGAAAAGAAGUUAGAAAAAGGUAUUGAAAAGUUACAAAAUCUUGUAAUUUAUUAUAAAGAAGAAGAUAAUAGUCGUUCAGUAACUUAUUCAUCAUCAUUUACUAAUGAUUUAGAAUUUGGUUCAUUAUUUAGUGCAUCUUCAACUGCCACUUCGACUGUACCUCAACAAGCAACAUUUAGAGGUGAAGGUCAUAUAUUAGGUACUCCAUCAGUUGGAGAUUCAGCUGCUGCUACUCUUGAAUCUAGUAAUGUUUAGAUCCAUAAUAAAUUAUCAAUGUAUAUAGUCAUUCAUAGAUUAUUUAUAAAUAUAUAUAUACCUUAUGCACUAUUAUAGUAUAGUAUAGUAUAGUAUAGUAUACCUUAUUAUGCACUACUAUACUAU